GCUUGACGCUGCAUCUGCCUCUCAAGCCACAUGUUCCAGAGGGUGGGUGCCGCUACCCAAAGGCUUGCUUUACACAUUACUACCUGAUGAUGUGCCGUUGGUUGUGAAAUGACUAAGCCUUCCUGGGAGAUUCCGUGGGCUGAGGUGGUGUACAUAGGGGAAGACAAUCAGCUAGGUUGUUCACACCUUUUUAGGAAGCCAAAUACCAAGGUUAUAUACCAAGUAUAUACAGGCUUGAAGAUGCUUUUAUAAAUAACUUUAUAAAGAGGUGAUAAACAUUCCCAGGGGUAAUUUACACCGUUCACCCAAUUCACCCUUUAAAAGUGCCAGAGCCCAGAAACUAGAACCUCUGAUGAUGGCAAUACCAAACACACACAGUGUUGUCUCCUUGACUUCUGUUUAUGCUGGGGGCCACUCGCCUGAUCUCAAGAGUAUAUGGUAGGGGUCCAGUAAGAUCCAUGCAUGUACCUCAGGCCUGUGGUGAAAAGAAUUUUUACUGGAGCUGGCACCAUGGAAAGGCUCUGACCGCAGAUGAGAAGCUCUCCAUAUAAUGAUGCCAGGACACGAGCAAGCUCCUUUGGGCAUUUCCAGGCUAAAGAAAAGAAUGUCGCUUCAGGGGCAUCAGCGGGAUCAGCUGCAAGUGACAAUUUGAGACAGGGACUGUGUUUGACAAGGUUGUCUGUCACCAAGCUGAACCACCUGGUGACUGAAGAGUUGGUAAAAUGUGGCGUUCCAGCAGUGGGCCUUUCGCCUUUUGGAACCUGGAAAACAGCAUGCAAGAAUGUCAUCCAUGCUGGUGUUGAAGCAGUGAGGGACAUUUUAGAUGCAGGUUAUAUCCCAGUUUUACAUGGCGAUUGUGCUCUGGAUGCGGAACAGCACUGCUGCAUCUUGUCUGGUGAUACAAUUAUUGAGGUUCUGGCUAAGACAUUCUCUCCUAAGCGGGUUGUGUUUCUCACAGAUGUGAAUGGAAUUUACACCUGUCCACCUGCCACCCCAGGUGCUAAGCUUGUAGAUUCCAUCGCCAUCGCUCCUGAUGGGAAUAUCAAGCCACCGGUGCUUACAUCUACCCUGCCACAUGAUACUACUGGGGGUGUGUCCUUGAAGUUACAGGCAGCUGUCAAUAUAUUUUCUGAGAGCCAUGGAGCCAUUCCAGUUCUGAUCUGCAAACUGGACAGUGAAGCAGCUGAAAGGGCUUGUUUGACUGGGGAGUUGAAGGAAGGUGAAGGCACAAAGUUUUCCUUUGUUGGAAGGUGAAGAUGUUUCCACAAGAGCUUUGAACUAGGCAGACGGAUUUCACUGAGGCAGUAGCAUUUCAGUAUGUGAAUCUAUUCUGUAAUUCAUGUGUGACUGUCUGCGUCAACUUCAGACUGAAGAUCCACUUCUUAAUGUCUUGUCAUUAACUGAAUUGCAGCAAAUAAUCCAGUACUCAUGAUCACCUUCUUCUAAAGAAAUGAAGCUACACGUCACACAGUAAACUUUCAGGUAGUUUCCUAGAACUUGGAGCUUUUUGACAUGAAGCUUCUCACCGCCACUUUACAGAGGCAUCUGCUUCUAGAAUCCUUGUGGAAUUAAGAUCACUUCAUUUACGUGUUUUUAAAAAUAUAUUUUUACACCAGGGAUUUAUUUUCUGUCUUUCUAUAUGUUUGAUUACACACCUACUAGGUGCUUGUUUGCAUAAUGAUAUUGUGUAAAUACACUAAGAUUUCAUGGCACCAUUUACAGCCUUUCCUUUUUAGGGGAAAAACACCCAGCUAAAAUGGCUGCAAGCAACAGGAAAGGCCCCAGCGAGUGAUGAAGUUGUGUGGAGCACCAGUUAAUUUCCAUGAGCGAUGAAUCCUGAGCACACUAUAAAAGCCUUGUGUAGAAAGGUUCCAAACUAACCUUUUCAACUUGAGUUUAAUAAGGAAAGGCUUGUCAGAAAGCUGUAAGGUGUUUAUGAAGAAGGGACAUUUUUUCCAUUCAUUCCUGGCAGUCUUUUUCCCUAACCCAGGGGUCGGCAACGUUUAACACUCAAAGAGCUAUUUGGACCCGUUUCCCACAGAAAACAAAACACCGGGAGCCACAAAACUCUUUUGACCUCUAAGAUGAAAAUAACACUGCAUAUGUCGUUUUUUACCUUUAUGCUAUGUAUAAAAAACUAUAGUGUGCUGCAUUUAUGAAACAAAUCGGGGGCUGUGCCAUGCCGGCCCAGGUCACAGAUCGGGUUGCAGAUUCAAGAGCCACAUGCAGCUCCAGAGACGCAGGUUGCCUUCCCCUGCCCUAACCCUUCUCAGGAAAUGCUACAGCAAAAUAUUAGGACUUCAUUUUAGGUGUCAGUGGUGUCCAGAUUGCAAUUGAGAUCAGUGACUGAACAAAUUGAACAGUAAGAUAGUUUACAGCAGCCAUAAAGACAAAAAAAUAACGAACCUAUGAAAACCUACUAUUAUUAAGAUGUUUAUAUGAGAUAUAAGACAAGUUCAUCCAAACACAAUGUAUGGGUGUGAAAGCUGGGGAGUGAAGAAAGCUGACAGGAGGAAAAUGGAUGCAUUCCGAAGAUGAUGCUGGAAGAGAGCUUUGCAAGUACCCCGCACAACAGAAAGGCAAGUGUGUCUUUGAUCAAAUCAAGCUGGAGCUUUCCCUAGAAGCAAAAAUGACAAAACUGAGGUUGUCAUACUUGGAACACAGCAUGAGAAGGCAAAAUUCCCUGAGUAGACAAUUACGUUAGGGAAAGGCAAAGGCAAAAGGGAAGACCCAAUAUGAGAUGGACUGAAUCCAUAAAUGAAGUCACAACCUUAUGCAUGAAAGAGCUGAAUGGAGCUGCCAUGGAUAGGAUAUUUUGGAGGGCUUUCAUUAGGGUCACCAGAGGUGAGAGAUGACUUGACAGCACAUAACAACAAAUAAAGAUGUUAGUUAUUGGAGCACAAAGUCAAUAACCAAAUAUGAAGAAGUUGCAAAUUAAAGAGGAUCACUAUUAUUACAAGUGGACUCCUGCAUAAAAAUUGUUGCAGUUUGGGAAGCUUCUGUUUGUGGUUCUAUUUUCCUAUUAGUUCUCCUGUUUCCCAAAACAAUCAGUCAGUGUCCCUUUCCCACUGAAUAUAUUCAGUCUUUAUAUAUUCAUAUUGGCCUUUGCGGGGCAUUUUGUCUUUUGGGUUUGGUCUUGUUUUAUAGGUUGAAAUGAAGUAGACAUGCUUGUAUCCAGUCAGACUUACUAUAAAAGCUGAGCUGGGCAGCUCUCAAUUCCAUACAUGAGGACAUUUUAAUUAACUUUGCAAUGAAACAAGGAAGUGAUUUAGCCAGACAACGCCCACAGUAUGAAAUAGUAAAUAAUGGGCAGUAUCCAACUAUUAUUCCCUUUGCCCAGAUAAUGUUGUGCUAAUGGAAACUAGGUUCUGAAAUAUGCACAAGAAAAUGCCACUGAAGUAGUGUCUGUGCAAGCCCAGUUCUGUAAGCAGUUAUGCAUUAUGAUUCGUAAGCCGUGUGCAAUUGAUUCUGCAGCCAGCUGUGCAUUAUGGUUGCACAAGCAAUUGCACAAAAAGUUGUGCUACUUGUUGUGCAAGCAUGAGAAAUAACCACUUACAAAAUGGAAAAAAAAUGGUUAGAGCUGUAAUAGCACAAUUUGGAUUUGCAGAAUGACACUGAUACUGGCCAGAGUAGGCAAGCAAAGACUUUGCUCUUUCACAGAGCAUCAAACCCUUUGGGUUUGAAAUGGUCCUCCUUUUCGGCUAAUCAGCUGGCGUGGGUUGGGGGGUGGUCCUUCCAUUUAGCAUUGGCUUUUUGUCAACUGCUGCUUAAUUGAGUCAACAGUUGUUGACUGAUUAUUCUUUUUAAUCUACGAUGUUUUAAUUGUAUAUCAGUUGGUUGAGUUUUUCCCGAUUUUGCCAAACUAUUUGUAGAUUAUUUGCUUCAAAAAGCGGGAUUUAAAUAUUUUUAAGAGAGAAAGUUAUAAUUUGGUGAUGAAGCCAGGGUUUUGCCCAUAGGAAGGGUGGGUUGCUAUCAGAAAAGAAGGGUGUGUAUUCUCCCUUAGACUUUCAAGAAAUGCUGUGGUUUAUGGGGAUAUUUCUGUUGCUUCAAUUCUUAGACAAAAUGCCAUUUUAACGUUCAGUGAUUUGCACUCUACCCCCAGAAGACACAGAGAAGUUGAUACACUCAGGAAAGAUCAGCUAAAGGAAUUACAGACCUCGGAAAAGAAGCUGUGAGAAGUGGAUGAGGAAAGAAUGACUGAGUGUCUGACCUGCCAAGCUGGUUUUGAGUGUCCUCUUGUUGCAGCAACUACGUGACAUUUCAGCUGGGUCCCAGGGUCGAGCUGUGUAUUUCUCACAUGACAGUUCAUGAUUCCCCCUAGAAUUACAGGCGAUCUCUUAAUCCUGCUCACUCCCCUUCACAAAAUAUGAAUUCACUGCUGAAAUACAAACAUAAAAGCGUGGAAGUGGAACAAGGCAAGGCUAGGAAGAGGGACUGUGCAAAAUAACUUUUUAGUCCAGUUGUUGAAAGGUUUGGAUCUCUCUAAUGAGGUCCCACAAGUGAAGUAGGCAGUUGAGUGCUAAGUGAUGACAGAUCACUCAAUGAGGUGUGGGCUCCACAUGCAAUUUUGUGCACCAGAUUGUGUGAAAAGCUGCUGGGCACGACCUAAAAGUAUUUGCACAGGUUCUGAGUUUGUCUGUCUGGAAGUAGGAGUGCUUUGGCAGCCUGGUAGCCCAGAGGAUGCUGGUGUGUGAUCUCUUACAGCUUUGGGUCAACUAUUUAUAGCUGAUCACAGAAGGUGACAGAAUUAAACUGGUUUGCUAGAAAGUCUGGUAUUUAAAGACCAGAUGAGCUCUUCCUUGUAGGACCUAAUAUUUGUUGAUGAAAUUCUGUUGUAAAGGUAUUGUCCCAACACAGAUUUUAUUUAACUAAAUCCAUUUCUGACAAGAUAUGUCUAUGCAAAGCAAGGAUCCUUUUAAAUUAUGUAUGCUUAGGAUGUAUUAUUUGGGAAGGUUGUUUAUGACAGGUUUUAGUCUUUCUGCCUUUAAAAGUUUUUGUUUUCCUUCUGUUAAGUUGUGCAUACUUGAACCAACACCUUCUACAAAAAUUUGUUUUUUAUUUUGUUUUUUCUAUAUAUAUGUUUUAAUUAAGGGAGUUCUGACUUUUAAUUGCUUUUAUUUUUUUGCACAUUUAUUAUGUUGAGCCCUUUGUGACUACUGAUAUGAGAUCAUGGAAUUUGUCAAUAAAUUUUCUUUUGCAGUAAA